AUGCGUCGUACCAGGAGUGCAGGUAACGAAGAUCUCUUGUACCACGAGGAUAUUGAAAGACUUGCUCGAGAGAACAACGCUGCUAGGCGCAGGGCAGAACAAGAGGCACAGGCAAGAGAGAGACAGUUAGAAGCAGAGAGAGAGAUGGCAGAAAAUCCGGAAGGGCAGAAUGACAACGCCAACAAAACUCUUCGAGACAUGAUGUUUCCGAACAAUUUGAACCUCCGGCCAUCAGCCAUAGUACUACCGGAGAUUACUGGAAAUUGGGAGCUGAAGCAUACUCUGAUCCAUAUUUUGCCCAAAUACAGUGAUAUGCCCGGAGAGGACCCUCAAAGACAUCUCCAAGACUUUGAGAUGGCAUGUGGAACGGUGCGCACCGCUAGUCAAGCACUUGGUGAAUACAUCCGACUCCUUACUUUUCUGUUCUCUUUGUUAGAAGGAGCGAGGGAGUGGUUGUAUGAUUUGCCCGAAAGAAGCAUUCGGACCUGGCAGGAGUUGCAGAGCAAGUUUUUGGAAAAGUACUUCCCAGCUGCCCGGAUCCAAAAUUUGAGGACUCGAAUAAGCAAUAUCAAGAUGGGAUGGGCAGAAGUUCUAUAUGAAUACUGGGGAAGGUUCAAGCAGAUGCUGGCCAAAUGCCCACAACACCAAAUACCGGAUCAUGAUCUUAUUCGGUAUUUCAUGGAAGGACUCCGAAGGCAAGAAAGGCAAUGGUUACACGCUGCAUGUGGAGGAUCAAUCUUAAACAAAUCUGCAGCGGAAGCUUUCAAGCUCAUAGCCGAUAUGGCAGAGGAAUCAAGAGACGAGGAAGGGACUAUAGUCAGAACUACUCCAGUGCCGGCUCCCACUGCCCAAGAUGAAAAGUUAGACAAGCUUUGCAACAUGUUCGAGAAGUUUAUGACAAACCAAGGAGCAACCCAUCAAGGAAUUCCCAACAUUCGGAAGCCUGUAAAGAUGAAGAGCUUAAUGCAAUUGGACAACAGUCAGGAGGAAACAACGGAGGGCAAAACCAGAAACCUUUUGAGCCACCAAAAACCUUUUGAGCCAUACAGACAGCAGUACAACAAUCAAGGAUGGAGGCAACAUGAGAACCUUAGGUAUGGCAACAACAACUUUUUGGGGCCAAACCAAGGGCAGACGAGUAACCCACCACAAUACUCGCAACAACCUCAGCAGGCAAGAGGAUCCUCCUUAUCAGAGCUCGUGCACCAAAUGGCCCAACAACAAAUGAAGUUCCAGCAAGAAACCGAAAACUUCAUAAUGGAGACAAGAGGAGGAAUGCAGAAUGUGAACUCCCAACUAUCACAUCUUGCCCAAGCAGUCGCCAGACUUGAAAGCAAACAAGGGACACUCCCAUCCCAAGUGGAGGUGAAGAAGGUGAAUGCUAUGACGCUCAGAGGAGGAAAGGAGUUACCAGAGGUUGAUAGAGAGUAG